CUUGGACACAAAUGAAAUUCAUAAUUUAUUAACGCUGUUGUUUCCGCAAGGACAUUUGGUCAAAGACUUGAUUUAAAACACACACAGAUAUUCAGUUUAGCGUUUUCUGUGAGGAAUAGAAGUUUGUAGCGCGGAUUACCGGGCAUCGUUUUUAAAUUAAUCUUGAGAAAAUAAGCGACAGUCCCAAGGCAAUUGACAUCAAACCAUUAAAGCUCAUUAGGAUUUAAGCUAUAACCGGUAGAAAGUCUGGAACGAAGCGGUUGUUUGUAAAUACAAAUUGUAACAAAGCUGCUAUAUGCAACAUGGAUUCUUCAGAUUGCAGUCCUCAAUCCAAACGGCAUUCGUAUCCAGUGAUUUUGACUUAUACUGAAACUCUAAGCGUCCUGAGCGAGAAUCAAAGGGAGUAUAAUCGAAAAGAAUCCAUUAAAAGGAGUAAAACUCCAGUGUUAGGUCAAACUGGAAGCGAUGAAGAACGAAGACAGAAGCUUCAACAAGCGCUUGACUGGCUCAGCCAAGAAUUGGUAAGUAUAUAUGUUUACUUAUAUUAGGAAUCUACAGCAUAGGUUCUAGGUUUUACUAAGCACUGUCGCACAGCAGUUGCCAUAAACAUUUCUGAAAUGGAUCACCGCCAAUAUACACUACUACAAUUCGGUCAACUGUUUCAUAGUUCGCAUUGAAUAGUUUUUGACAUCACUAGUUUGACGUGAAGAACUAGUGCCGUAGUGAUAUAUGGUGAAGAAUAAAGGUAAAAGCAAUGAUAGUCCAGGAGUUCCCUUUUCGCCUUCGGUUAACUUACCCAGUCUCAACUGUAAAUCAUGCAGUGGCAAUUUCUGCUAUGGAGAAGUACUGACUGCCAUCACAUUAAACAAUUCGAAAUCAGGGAUAGACGCUUGACUAUUGUGCCGUUUUACUUCGAAGGGAUUCGGUUUCUUACUUAGCUUUGUCUUAAAGAAUUGAUAAAUUUUAUGAAAAGGAAAGUACACGAAUCACAUGCAACUUUUUGAUCUUCAACACAUUUUUUUAAGAUGAAACUAUUUGAAAAGCAUAUUUGAAGUAAUGCUUCAUAUUUUUCACGAGUAGUGGCAACCAACUUCUUGUUUAAAUAUUGCCUAUAUACACAAUGUCAAACUCUCUACAUUUCCUAUUCAGCAACUUCUAAAUUUGGCAAUGAUAUCAUGGAUCAAUGUAAAAAAAAGAUAAUCGUAAAUUAUCGUAUCUAUUAAAGACAAGACCUCCACGGGUGUUCAAUAAAUUGAAACAAAAACAUAUCAAACACAACUUCAUUAUAAUGCAUAGACAAAAACAACGCAUUCUACUGAGAAAUGGGAGAAAUAUCCACAGGAGUCAAGCUUACGCGUCGCGUCUACAUAGAGGAAUAGAUUUCGUUCAGAAAUUUUAGACAGAAUAAUUUUGGAAGAAAUUGAAGAAGAGGAAAGAUAUAAAUACUCGGUGUCCUUGGAAGACAAACAAAUCACUUUUAGCCUGACCUUUGUGGGAUUGUGGUUUCGAUGAGGGUUGAAAUUAAAGCGUUUUGAUUAAUAUUUGACGAUUAUAUCAGUCAAUCUUUUUUAAAAGAUAAUAAAAUGACAUUAAAAUCUGAAAUGAUACUGCAAGAUUUUGCGAGAGCAUAAACUAUAAAACCGAUAAGCUUUCAGUAGAAAUAUACAGGUAGAAUUUGAACAUGAUAAGUAUAUGCAAGGGUAAAUUCUUACAGGUGUUUAAUGGACGCAAAUUGUCGUCUCGUGUAUAUGCUAAUGAUGCUAACUUGCAUAGCAUAAUCGUUUUCCCUGUAUGAGGUGUAGACUUACUGCCGUGGUUUGUGUCUGGACUACCCGCAAAACAUUACAAACACUUUUAAGUUUUUAAUGCUAGUCUCAAUAUUUAGUUAGUAUUUUUAAUUCAUAAUAGUUGGCGCGAUAUCCCUCAAGGAUUUUGCCGACUUUAACCAAUGUAAAUGUAAAUGAAAAUGUGCAUGUAGCUCACUGGAAGCUCGUGUGUAAGAGAUUAAAAUUUUCUCACUUUUCGACAUUUUCCCAUUCUAGAAAGACAUGUAUCACCAAGACAAGUUCUUACUUCGUCAGUUUAAUCAUUUAAACCGAAGCAUUCAGGAACUUAAAGACAAACGAGAGGUUAAAGAAGAAAGCGAGGUAAACUGCCGAUACUUUAUAGAGUUAAAAUAUAAAUUAACCAACUUUGUUUAUACUGGAUAAAUCUAUCAGUGAAAAUGUAUAAAUGUACUAUUUUCAUUUACCAGAUAAAACCAGCUAAAACAACUCGUGAUAAAGCAGAGCAGGGCAAGAAUCGUAAACCAAAACCUCAAGAACCACCCACAGAAGAGCAGAAAGUACCUCAACCAAAGAAAGAACCAGAGCCAAUAAUUCACGGGGAAUUCAAACUGGAAGACUUGAAACAAGCUCAAAUAAGACAAGCACAAAAACGCCAGGCUGAACAGAAACUACAAGAAGAACUAAGUAAAUAUAAAGAACUAAAUGUAAACAAAAACAAACAAAAACAUGAAUCAAGUAAACAAAAACAAGAGCAGAGUAGACAAAAGUCACAAGAGAGUAAACUGAAACAACAAGACGACACAAAACACGAUAAACGCUCGUUGAACAGCGAGUACGAUUCCGAUUAUGGCUCCGACCAGAGUGUGGAUAAAUAUGAAGUGGAUUAUCUACAGCCACAGAAAAACAUUGCUAUUAGUAGUAAGAGUCCCAAGGUCUCCCCGAAACAACAGCGCAAACGCUGGUCGUGGUGGAAAUAGUGGAUAAGUAUGGAUAGGUACUGUACAUAGAGGAUAAAUAAAGAGUAUCUAUGGCUACAUUAAAGGAUACAUAAAUGAUAACCGUGAAUAGAUAUAUCAUGGAGAAAUAAAGGAUAAAUAAAAU